UGUACUUUAAGAGUUGCCAUAACUUUGUGGGGGUCGUCGCUCCAAGUGUCUGAUGUAGAAGGACAUCUCAUGUCUGACAUGGAAGGACGCAAGAAACGCGUUGUGUUGGUUUUGGACAUUGUAUGCUUCUUGUUUUCAUCCAUCUAUGGGUUGCCAACUGCAAAAGUAUUGGAACAUGACGUUGAUGGCGGGCGGGAUCUGGAUAUUUUCGAUAUCAAUGAAGAGGCCGGCUUGAACCUGGUGGAGGGAGACAUUGUGCUCGACGAGAGGCAAUCCAGAAACUCCAUAAUAGGUGAUGAGUACAGAUGGCCGAGGACUGUUCCAUUCUACAUGGAGGACGACCUUGAGAUCAAUGCUAAAGGUGUCAUUCUGAAAGCUUUCGAACAGUACCGGCUGAAGACCUGCAUCAACUUCCAACCCUGGUCUGGAGAAGAAAACUACAUCUCCAUCUUUAAAGGGAGUGGAUGCUUCUCCUCUGUGGGGAACCGGCGAGUGGGAAAGCAGCGGUUGUCCAUCGGGAGCAACUGCGAUCGCAUAGCAACCAUUGAGCACGAGUUCCUUCACGCGCUGGGCUUCUGGCACGAGCAAUCGCGCUCAGACCGUGACGACUACGUCACCAUCAUGUGGGAUCGCAUCUCAGCAGGGAAGGAGCACAACUUCAACACCUACAACGACACCACCUCCAGCUCUCUGGGCGUCCCGUACGACUACGGCUCCAUGAUGCACUACAGCAAGAACGCCUUCCGCAACGGCACGCUGCCUACCAUCGUCACCAACAUCGCGGCCUUCAGCGACGUGGUGGGCCAGCGCAUGGAGUUCAGCGACAGCGACCUGCUCAAGCUCAGCCGCCUGUACAACUGCACGCAAGCCACCACCUUCCUGGACUCGUGUGACUUUGAGCUCCAGAACAUCUGUGGCAUGGUGCAAGAGCCAGGGGCCACCACUGAGUGGGCCAGGGUAACGACGGCCCCCGGGGGACCCAGCACUGACUACUCCAACCUGGGGAAAUGCACUGACUCAGGGUAUUUCAUGCACUUCCCCUCGGGCGCGGCCGACGCGGGGGCUGUGGCCCAGCUGGAGAGCAGACUGCUGUACCCCAAGAGAGGAUACCAGUGCCUGCAGUUCUUCUACUACAACAGCGCCGCCCCGGAGGACACCCUGAGCCUCUGGGUGCGCGAGUACGACGCCGCUCACCCCAACGGCACCCUGCGGCUGAUUAAGACGAUCGACGGGCCACCGGAGGAGCUGUGGCAGCUGCACCACGUGAGCCUGGACGUGAAGACCAAGUUCCGCGUGGUGUUCCGGGGUGAGAAGCACGGCCCGUCAUCAGCGAUGGGGGGGCUCUCCCUGGACGACAUCAACCUCUCUGAGACGGCCUGCCCCGAGCACGCCUGGCGGGUGAAGAACUUCAGCAACGUGAUGGAGACCACGCCGCCCGGCACCCCCAUCCACAGCCCCCCGUUCACCUCAAAGGAGGGCUACAGCUUCCAGAUGACGCUCUACCCCAGCGGGGGGACCGAUUACCCGGGGGAGCUCUCGGCCUACGCCCGCCUGGUGGCCCGUCCGGGGGACACGGGCCAGCAGUGGCCGUGCCCCUGGAAGCAGAUGACCAUGAUGCUGAUGGACCAGCACCCGCACAUCCAGAAGCGCAUGUCCAACCAGCGCAGCGUCACCACCGAUCCCAACACCAUCCUCUCAGACGGGAGCGGGCUGCACUGGGACGACCCUCGUAAGGUGGGCGCCGAGGUGACGGCACCCGACGGAACCAAGUACUUCCGAGGGCCCGCACUAGGGACCUCCGUGUACCUGACCCACCUGAGAGCCCGGAGCAGGGACUUCAUCAAGGGCGGGGACGCCAUAUUUCUCCUCAGCAUGGAGGACGUGUCUCAUCUCACAGUGACCCAACCCGUGCCCCCAUCAACCACGGCUUCACCAGAGACCGCGACAACGCCCAACAACAACAGCACCACGCCACCCAGUGACGCCUGCACAGACGUGGAGUGCCUGAACGACGGGGUGUGUGUGUUGGAGCAGAAGAAGCCGGCAUGCAGGUGUGCGGUGGGGGAUGACUGGUGGUACUACGGCGAACAGUGCCAGUACAGCGGCUCCUCCUCGGACAACCUCACCGUCACCCUGGCUGCGUCUCUUUCCGUGUUGGCGGCCAUGAUGUUGGUGACGGUGGUCAGCGUGGUGUAUGUGAAGAGGUCGAUGAACCGCAGCAGCCCAGACUCCAACCUGGCGAUGAGCAAUGUGAACGUUGUAGAGCGAUUCUAAAAGGCGCAUCUUCAAUAUCGGGAACGGAACAGGAAAAUACUAGUAAUAGCGAUGAAAUGUGAAAAGAAAAGGGCUAGAAAGAGGUAAUGUUGUCGGCAUACUGGCGGAGAAUAGAAAGAAUAAUAAUAUAUAUGCAUGGCCUUUCAUUUUGUGGCAUCGAAAACUGAAUGGUGAUUUAAUUGUAAAUAAUGGACUCUAAAGAGGAGGUGCUGGACUCUGGACUACUGUACACUACAGCAGGUGGUUGUAUAUGAUCGCCUCCUGCUGGUGAUGUCAUGUAAUUACUGCUCUCGUGGACCGACCUUCUGCAUGCAUGCAUUCAGACCCUUAAAUAAAUACAAACCUUUACAACAAAAACACAAGAUAAAACAACGUCUAUUUCAAAUGAGAGGCAACUGUAUCCUAUAUAAUUUGAUUGCUACUUGACUAAAAUAAGAAGUCCGGGACAGAAUGAAUUAUAUUCACAAAUGUAGGAUUUAUUUUACCAAAGUCAGGAGCUCUGUGGUUGGUUUUCCAUGUGGAUAUAUUGGUUUGUUUCACUUGACACAGUCAUGCCGGUGAUAACAGUUACAGCAAGAGAACAGUGGCACUCAAAACUCUUUUUGUGUGUGUGUGUGUGUGCGUGUAUGUGUGUGCUUGUGUGUUUAAGUGUGUGUGCUUGUGUGUUUAUGUGUGUGUGCAUGCUAAUGCCUAAACAAACCUGUGAUUGGUCAAAGUGAUGGCUAAAGGGCAAACCAAAGGGAGCAAACCAUAGGGUUUGGUAAUUACUAUAGUCUAUGUAGUGUCUGGGCUUUUUGCAUUAGGCAAUAUAUAUAUAUAUAAAUAUAUAUAUAUAUUUAUAUGAGCGUGUUUGUGUGUGUCUGUUUUUGUCGUUGGUGGACUAGAAUGAAAGAUAAAGGAGAAGUUGGUCUCCACUUAAGUCACUACAUAAACCAUAAAUCUUCCUACCGCUAAAACCAUUCACCAACAUACGUGAAGGUAGACAGUUCCUCUAAAAGUGUCAGUAUAGAACAUUUCUCUUAUUUACAAUAAUUGAAAAAAACGAAACAAAAAAAAACAAUCACAAUUUCUCUCAGAGAAGAUUAGUAAAAAAAGUGACUAAGUCACCAUAAAGAGUAUGCAACUCCUAGGAGUUAGUCUUUAAAUUUCUACAAAAAUUCUAUGCCGUUUUACAGGCCAAGAUUCAUGAUUUUCUGAUGAAAUAGAGUCUUUAAAGUGCCCUAUCUACAACAGUUAAGCGUGGUAUUAUUGGUGUGUAUAUAUAUAUAUAUAAAUAUAUAUUUAUACGUAUACAUAUAUUUUAAUUUUUUGAUAACAACGCACCUGUUUUAAAAACAUCUUCCAGCAACAUCCCCUACAUCACAUUAUAAGAUAUGGUCAGUUCUUAAAAAACAAACAAACGACAGACAUGGAAACGUUAUCCAUGAUGAACACACAUAGUGGCAGGCUAGCACGAUCGCGGAGACACCAGUGGCUGUGGUGGAAUGAAUGUAGAAAACAACGUUCUUAGAACUGCACCACUUUGGAUGGGUCCAGAAUGGAUGCAAGAAGUAUCGUUUAAAGGGCUCGUUUGCUUCUUUUUUUUUGCUGUCCCAACAAUUUGCUACCAACAGGGGAAAGAGGAGAGUAGAGCGAUGCUAAGCAUGCCGGUGCCACCAGGUGGCGCUGUGGGCUGGUUGUGCUGUCGUAGCGUACUGCGAGCAUGUGAUGAGUGUGACGAAAAAGAACAGUGCAAUGAAAGAAAA